AUGGCCGAUCCGCUUUCCGUUGCCGGGAGUGUAGCAGGGCUGGUGUCGCUCAGCAUACAGGUUACGGGCUCCAUCGUCAAAUUCUACGAUUCAUACAAAGGUCAAGACGUCGCUGUGGACCGCACAACGGGGAAGCUUAAGAGUUUCCUGAGUAUGCUCCAGUAUCUUCACCAGAGGAUUCAGGAGCGUAAAUUCCAGCCCGAUGAGAAAGACCUGAUUCAAGCCAUUGAAUCGUCAAUUGAAAACUGUGGGGACCUCAUCUAUGAGCUUCAGGAUGAGUGUGAAAAAUUUAGGAAAAAGGCUCCGGCUGGUGACCUCAAGGCCGCCAUCAAGGCUACCGGGCGUCGAGUGUCCUAUCCGUUCAAAGAGAGUACAUUGAAAAAACUUGAUGAGGAUAUUGGCGAGAUGCGAGAAAAUCUGACAUUUGCAUUGAAUGCAUUACAGAUUGAGGAAAAUAGAAAUCAUCGAGAGGAUAUAGCGGACGUGAAGCUGGUUCUUGACCUUGUGAGAGCAAAUCAGAUAUCAUCGACGAUCCGUGACUGGCUCAAGGCACCAGAUGCCACUAUCAACCACAACUCGGCAGUUGCCAAAUGCCAUUCAGGAACCGGCAUGUGGCUUGUCAGAAGUACUAAGUUUGAGACAUGGCUGACUGGGGCCUCUUCCUUGCUCUGGCUCAACGGCUUCGCGGGAUCUGGGAAGUCGGUUUUAUGCUCCACUGCCAUCCAAUACACAUAUCGAAAGAAACAAGCCAUUCCAGGCGUUGUUGGGAUUGCGUUCUUUUACUUUACCUUCAAUGAUGAAGCUAAAAAGGAUGCCGCUGGCAUGCUACGAGCGUUGCUGCUACAGCUGUCAGGCCAACUCCACGAUGGCCAUAACGAACUCGAGCGCCUCCAUAGGUCCCAUAACACAGGUACUCCCCCGACACAAGAAUUGACCGCUUACCUCCGCUCUUUGAUUCAGAGAUUCCAGCACGUGUAUAUAUUUCUGGAUGCAUUAGAUGAAAGUCCUCGUUAUACCCAUCGAGAUGAAGUUCUAGACGUGGUAACCUUGAUCCAGUCGUGGUCCUUGCCAGGAAUGCAUCUGUUCGUCACUAGUAGAGAUGAGGUCGAUAUCCGGAACCGUCUGAACCCUACCACCGAUGAAGAAGAGGUUAUGCGUAAUAAUGCUAUUAACCAGGAUAUCAGCAAUUUUAUAUCUGCCGAAUUGCGAACGAAUAAGGCACUCUAUAAAUGGGAGGCGUAUCACGAUAAAAUACAAAAGGCCCUGAUUGAGCGUGCAGGCGGAGUUUUCCGCUGGGUAGAGUGUCAAUUCCAAGCCCUCAAAAGUUGUCUACGGAGCGAGAAAAAGCUCAUGAAGUGUCUGGAGGGGUUGCCACGAGAUUUAGACGAGACUUAUGAGCGAAUGUUAUGUAACAUCGAUGAAGAUGCAGUUGAAGAAGCACGGCGGAUGUUGACUUUUCUCUGUUAUUCUGCCCGACCUCUAACAGUACCGGAGAUUAUCGAUGGGAUUGCAGUCAGUCUCGAUGAGCCUGCGCAUCUCGACCGCCAACGUCGGCUGGAAGGCGCUGAUGACCUAUAUGACCUAUGCCCUGGAUUGAUCAGCAUUGUUCGCCCAGAAGAUUCAACUGAGAGUGAUUUACCCACUGUCAAUAUCGCCCACUUCUCAGUCCAAGAGUAUCUCCAAUCAGAUCGCAUUCUUGCACAAAAGUCAGGGAGAUUUGCACUACAAGGUGAUCUGGCCCAUACGGAGAUUACACACAUCAGCCUUGUAUAUGUGAUGGAACUGGACUUGUCACUGGAUAUGCCAAAUGUGAAGUACCCGCUAGCUCACUAUGCUGCAGAAUUCUGGUAUAACCACUACAAGGAUGCUAGGAAACAAGACCAUCUUGAAGGGGCUAUAUUAAGACUGUUCAGGCAAAAGAGAGAAAAAUUUUGCGCAUGGGCAAUAUUAUAUGAACACUUGAGUCCAGAGAACUUCCCUCAUCCUGCAAGUAUAGUUGAAAAACUUGGACAACCGCUCUACUAUGCAUCGCUUUUUGGGCUUACUCGAGUGGUGCAAGAUAUUAUAGCUGCUGAAUCAGGCAGCGGCCACGCGAUAAAGGACUUAAUCAAUAAGCGAAGUUACUGCGAUCUCACCGCGUUGGUGGUAGCAUCAAGGGAAGGUUUCGCAACUAUAGUACAAAUCCUACUGGAUAAUGGUGCCGAUGCCAAUUUCAAAUCUCGAUAUGGGUCCUCUGCCAUUAUCGCCGCGUGUGGCCGAGGCCAUGAGAGAAUAGUCCAGCUAUUACUAGAGAGGGGUGCUAAGGUUAACCCUCUGGGGAGAUUACAAAAGCCUGCACUUUACGCAGCAUCCAGUGAGGGCCACGAGAAUAUAGUCCGGCUACUACUAGAUAGUGGUGCCGAUAUAAGUCCCAUAUCAGGAAUCUACGGUUCCGCUCUCAGCUCCGCGUCUUCUGGUGGCUAUACCAGCAUAGUCCAGCUACUACUAGAUAGGGGUGCUGAUAUCAAUGCUAUGGGGGAUCUGGGUACUGCACUUUACGUAGCAUCAUAUCACGGGCACGAGAGUGUGGUACGGCUUUUAUUAAACAAUGGUGCUGAUAUCAAUGCUAAGGGGAGAUAUGAUACUGCGCUUUCCGUAGCAUCAAGUAGGCAUCAUAAGAGUAUAGUCCAGUUACUACUAGAUAGGGGUGCUAGUGUCAUCGCUACGGGGAAGCAGAGUACUGCACUUUAUCCAGCAUCAGAUCGGAGCCAUGAGAGUGUGGUACGGCUUUUUUCAAACAAUGGUGCUGAUAUCAAUGCUGGGGCGGAGCAUGAUACUUCACUUUACACAGCAUCACUUAGGGGCCAUGAGAGUAUGGUCCAGCUAUUACUAGAGAAUGGUGCUGAUGUCAAUGCUAUGGGGAAGCAGGGCACUGCACUUUACGCAGCAUCAUAUCGGGGUCAUGAGAGUGUGGUACGGCUUCUACUAAACAAUGGUGCUGAUAUCAAUGUUUGGGAAAGCCAUUAUGGUAGCGCACUUGGGGCAGCCUCAGAAUGUGGCCAUCUGGACAUAGUUAAACUGCUACUGGAGAGCGGUGCUGAUGUCAAUGUUUGGGGAAAGCGUUAUGGUAGCGCACUUGGGAGAGCCUCACGCUAUGGCCGUGUAGGCAUAGUUAAGCUGUUACUGGAAAAGGGAGCCGACCCCAAUGCUCCGGGAGGGUAUCUUUAUAAUUCAGCAAUUGCGGGAGCAACAAAAGGAGGCCAUCAGGACAUAGUUGAGCUACUGCUGGAUAAUGGGGCAACACCAUGGUCUUACUCUGUGGCGGAUGAGUGA